CACACACACACACACACACAAGCACACCAGAGCUGUUCUAGACUGCGAGGAACAGGAACAUACACAGGAUUGCACUACUCAACCACAUGUUGCUGUAAGAUUUAGCCUGCGAGAGAAGACACAGGACAGGGACACAGAGACAAGGAGACACAUGCUCACUCUGGACUGGACUGGACUGAGGGCAAGAAGCAGCCAGUAAACUAGCCUGGACCUGGAGAGCACACUGCAGAACUCCCCUAAACUCCUCUCCCCCUCUCCCCUCAGCUAGACCCUAGAGCGUUAGGCGUCUGCAUUAGAGUGUGUGUGAGGGGAGAGUGUGUGUGUGUGUGAGGGGUGUGUGUGUGUGUGUGUGUGUGUGUGUGUGUGUGUGUGAGGGGAGUGCAGGAUCUGGAGCCCGGCAGACAGUCUCUCUGCCGUGGCGUCCCAGCAGGGAGAGGGGAUGGGGGGCGGCAGGGAGCAGAGAGCCGGCUGGUUGUCCCCCCACAGGCUGCGGACCAGGUUCAACCUCAGUCCUCUGGGCAGACGACGCAGCAAGCAAGCCCACGCUAGCACCAGCUCUGCCAGAAGCCCCAGUUCCUCCGAGAUGAGUGUGGGGUCCUGGCUGGGCUCUCAGGACCAGGCAGCAGAGCAGUGUGGAGAGCAGCCUGACCAGGUGUGUGUGGACUCCUUCUGGAACGAGGUGGAAAACAUCCGCCAGCAGAGCUGCAGCGAGCCGGCCGGCACCCGGAGAGACUCCCGCCACUCUGAAGAGGGAGACCAGGAGGAGCAGUGGUUGCAGGAUGCAGGUCUGUCCACCCUGAUCAGCGAGGGCCAACAGGAAGCUGGCAGACAGGAAGUAGGACAGGAAGUAGGACAGGAAGCACACAGCAGCAUCCUGUUGUCCACCCUCACCAGGACCCAGGCAGCCACCGUGCAGCGCAGGCUGGACUCCUACACGCUGUCCCUCCGCAAGAGGAACAAGCCCCCUCCCAGGGACGUCAGAGACGUUUUUGACCCCCCGAUCACCCAGACCUCUCUGCCAGAACGUCAGGACUCUAUCGAGGACAGCAUGGACGCUCUCACCAAAACAUCUCUAACAGCUGGGAUCCCAGAGAAGCAGAGUGGAUGUGCGACGCCCAGAGAGGAGAUGUUCAUCACUGACGUGGCGUACUGUGAACAGGCCGUCCUCUUCCUCAAACAAGCCAAGCUGCAGAACACCAAGACAGCACGGAGAGAGGACGGGACCCUGCCAAGAGUGACCAGUCCCCACAGUCGUCUGGGUGUGACCCGGGUCCAGGAUCUGUCUCUCCCGGACAUGAAGAAGGUUCGUCAGCUUGCUCUGAUAGACAUGACGGCCCUGUGUGACCUGCUGGGGCUGGACACCAAGAGACACAAGACCAGCAAGAGGAAGAUACCAGAGAGCCCUCUCUUCGGAGUUCCCCUCGCCUCCCUGCUGGAGCACGACCAGAAGAUCAAACCCACGACCACCAUUCCCCUGAUCCUGCAGGCACUGCUCUCCUUCCUGGAGAAGAGGGGCGUGGACUCGGAAGGCAUCCUGAGAGUCCCUGGGUCUCAGUCCAGAAUCAAGCUGCUCCAGCAGAGCCUGGAGAGCAGCUUCUACUGUCGCCAGGUGAGCUGGGAGGAGGUUAGCCCGAACGACGCCGCCGCGCUCCUCAAGAAGUUCAUCCGGGAGCUGCCCUCCCCCCUGCUGACCGCAGAACACCUCAACACCUUCAGCGCUGUGAAGGACAUCCCUGACCUGAAGCAGAAGCUGCACAUGCUGAACCUGCUGAUCCUGCUACUGCCUGAGCCAAACAGGAACACCCUGAAGGCUCUGCUGGAGUUCCUCAGCAAGGUUGUCUCCAGGGAGAAGAGGAACAGGAUGAACCUGUGGGCGGUGGCCACCAUCAUGGCCCCCAACUUCUUCCUCCACAAGGCGGUGCCCAGCCGGCUGACGGAGGGGGCGGAGAAGGGCCAGGCGGAGAGGGCAGCCGACAUCAUGAGGCUCCUGAUCCGCUACCAGGACCUGCUCUGGACGAUCCCCUGCUUUCUGCUAACCCAGGUGAGGAGGCUGAACGACAGCAGCCGCAGGUACCAGUUCUACGACCGGCGCAUCAAGAACCUGCUGAAGAAGAUCAGCACCGACAGCCGGGACAAACCCGACAAGAACUCCUCUGAGCCGUGUCGGACGGUGAAGGUCCAGCUGGGGGAGAAGCUGAGGAGCAGCAUGCAGGUGACGGUCACUGUGAGCUGCACAGCUUCUGACCUGCUGGCUCAGUUCCACCAUCAGUUCCUCUCCAGCGCUGACAACAGCAAGGGGCUGCUGAGGAGAAAUGGAUCUGUGUCCUAUCCAGACUGUGCCAUCUACGAAGUGGGAGGAAACAUAGGUGAGCACUGUCUGGACCCGGACACCCAUCUCUUGGACCUGUUCAACAACAACCCGGGAGGAGAGUGGGUGAUCAAGCUGAAACCUGGAUCCAGCCGGGGGCUGUAGAGCUGGCCAGGCCAGGGACGAGGAGAGGGGGACCAGAGGAGAGAGGAGAGGGGGACCAGAGGAGAGGGGGACCAGAGGAGAGAGGAGAGGGGGACCAGAGGAG